AUGGCUUCAGAGAAUAACUCUUCGGAAGAUUCAUUCCGAUCCAUAGGUCUAUCCUUGAAGGGAAGACAUCCUCCACUAUCAAGCCACUCCCAUCUCAAACGACUACCUUUGAAAAAAGUCAUCCUCAUCACCACAGGAGAUUCAUACCACUCGCUUAUGUACUUAUUUAAAAUAUCAAAACAAGCCAUAUCUGUAAUUGUUCCUGAAGUAUGUGCUACUCUAGUUAACUGCUUAAAAGAUUAUAUGCAGACACCUUCCAACCCUGAAGAAUGGGAGAAGAUAGCAAGUGGAUAUAAACGAAUUUGGCAGUUUGAUCAGUGCAUUGGAGCUCUUGACGGCAAACAUAUUGUUUUGGAAGCCCCAGAAAAUAGUGGCAUUGUACUGAUGGCUCUAGUAGACUCAAACUAUUUGUUUGUAUAUGUUAAUGUAGGGUGUCAAGGCAGGAUAUCUGAUGGGGGUGUGUUUAAGAACUGUGAUCUGUGGAAAAUUGUGGAAAACGGAACUGGUUUGCCCAAAGACAAACCAUUACCGGGAAGAAUAUUUGCUGCCCCAUAUGUUAUCGUUGCGGAUGAUGCUUUUGCACUAAACAAGCAUAUUAUGAAACCAUUUCCCGGCCAUCAGAAGAAGAGGAGUAAAAGGAGAAUAUUUAACUAUCGUUUGUCUCGAGUACGAAGGUGUUCAGAAAAUGCCUUUGGUAUUGUAAGCUCUGUGUUCAGAGUCUUAAGAAAACCAAUGCUUUUGAAUCCAGAAAAAAGUACCCUUGUUACGUGUGCUUGCGUCUAUUUACACAACUUUUUGCGCCAGAGCAAAUCUUCAGUUAAUAUUUACACUCCUCCUGGUUCUUUAGACAGUGUUGCGCCUAAUGGAAGUAUCAUUCCAGGACAAUGGAGGAAUGAUAACGAUGGACUACGGUCAUACUACCCACUUCCUCGAAUCGGACGAAAACCAAGUGAGUUAGCAAAGGCCGUGAGGGAAGAGUAUGCAGUGUAUUUUGUCUCAGACUUAGGCAGUGUUACAUGGCAAAACGACUACACUUAA